AUGCUGAGGAGACGUAACCUUCUCACUACACUUCUGAUUGUGUUGCCAUGGGGGCUUCUUCUUACACUGUUGAAUCAGUACCCAACUACCCGCUACCUCAACCUUCUGAGAAGUAAGUGCACCAAGCCCAGCCUUACAAAGAGCUUCUUUUUACCCCAUUGCAAUUACAGUGCUCAGGGAUAAUUAAAAUACAAAUGGGAAUGUGAUGAAGGUCUUGGUGGCACUGCAGUGGGUGUUUUAUGAUUUAUUCUCUCUAUUCGACUUGCCUUAGAGGAAACAGAUGAAAACGUGAAGGCCAAAUUUCUCUUCAAUAAUAGCACACCACUCGCGAGGGAGGAUGGACUCUCAUCAUGUGCUCAGCAGCCGGCUGUUGGGGCAGCUCCAAAAGUAAUCGGGAGCUAUGUGUACUCCAGGCCUCCCCCAUGGUCAGAGGCUCUGCCUUCCAUCUUUGUGAUCACCCCUACCUACAGCCGGCCAGUGCAGAAGGCUGAGCUGACCCGUCUGGCCAAUACUUUCCUCCACGUGCAGAACCUCCACUGGGUGGUGGUGGAAGACGCUCCCAGAAGGACCAACCUAGUAUCCAAUCUGCUGGAGAAGACAGGGAUCAAUUUUACGCACCUGAACGUUGAGACGCCUAAGAGUCUGAAGAACCCUUUCUGGCUCCCAUCUCAGAAACCGAGGGGCACGUUGCAGAGGAAUCUUGGACUGCAUUGGCUGAGGGAGAAUUUCAGCACCACACCACCACCAGAGGGUGUGGUCUACUUUGCUGAUGAUGACAACACCUACAGCCUAGAGAUCUUUGAAGAGGUAUGAGACUCGAGUUUAGGGUGGUUUCAUCUUUGGGGUCCAUGACUGAGGCACAUUGGUUGAGUGCAUUGCCUAGCCAUAGUGGACAGCGUUAUUGGGGUGGAUAGGAAGAGGUGCCAAGCCGAUGACAAAGGGGAGGUGCUGGAGCUCAGUGGUAGAGCACUUGUCCUAGCCUUGGGCGCAUACCCCCAUUGGAUUCAAUGGGAUUUAUUUCCAAGUAGACAUGGUUAGGAUUGUGCUGUUUGUGCUACUGUUUUUUACAACGCUAUUGCUGUGCCCAUUAACCUGUCGGGCUUUUCAGAAGGUGGGUGCAUAGAAGGGAAGUCGGAGGAAUCAAAGUGGAAUGCUUGAGGAAUUCUCAGAGGAACGGCCAUCACAAUUUUGUUUUCUUUCUGACAAGCAGAUGCGCUACACAAAGAAGGUGUCCGUCUGGCCAGUCGCCUUUGCUGGGGGCCUCAGGUACGAGUCCCUAAAGCUGAGCCCGGCAGGCAAAGUGGUGGGCUGGAAGGUCGCAUACGACCCUAAGCGGCCCUUUGCCAUCGACAUGGCUGGCUUUGCCAUCAGCCUCAGGCUGAUCCUGGAGAAGCCUCAGGCCACUUUCAAGCUGGACGGAGUGAAAGGAGGUUACCAAGAAACUAGCCUGCUGAAGGAUCUGGUUACGAUGGAUGAACUGGAGCCCAGAGCCGCCAACUGCACAAAGGUUAGCAUGGCCAAAAUGUUUGUGCAACAGCCUUCCCGCACACCCCGCCAUCCACUUCCACCAUGGAAGGUGCCUCUCAUUUGAGAUUAUGCAGGCCAAAGGUGGAUUUGGGGGAGAGCGUCCAGUUCUGUUGCAUUGGGCACAGAGCUUCUGGGGUACCGCAGAUGGUGCCAUAACUAUGACAUCCAACGGAAGGCAGGGGGUUAGGACUGGAUUUUGGCGUCACCCACAGGGGUGCCAAUGACAUUUGAGACACCAAGGUCUGCCACUGGGUAGGCACCUACUGCUGAGUGUUUCCAGCAUGUUUUAGCAUCUGACUGCAAUGAACAUUAAAGUUUUACUGAUAUUUUAUGAAAUGUCUUAUGGCUCAACAUUCUGUGGCUACAGAGUGUGCUUAGUCUUCCUUUGGGAUGUUCCCAAACACUGGGGUUCCGCCAAGCCCUCCGUUCCCCCUCCCUCUUGUGAAAAUAUGGGGGUUGUUUGGUUACAAAGGGGUCAGUGCUCAUGGAAUUGUUCGUUGGUUUGUUUCAUAUUCUGCUUGAUUGUAAAAAAAUAAAAUAAAAACCCACCUCAAAGCAGUUUACAGAAAGAUAAGCAAUAAAAUAAAAUUACAAGCCUAAUUUAAGUACACAGUUAAAAAACUAAAACAGAUUAAAAUUACCUCAACUCAGAUGAAUCCCACAUUAGUAGGAGUGAUUGUUAUUUAAUUGGGGGUUUUUUUGUUUUGUUUCAUCUUUUAAAAGGGAAGGUUUUUGCUUUGUUUUGUGUUUUGUUUUAAUUAUUUACUUGGUGUUUUUAUCUUAUAUUUUAUUCUGUGAACCGCCCUGAGAUCUUGUGACAAAGGGCGGAAUAUCCAUUUAAUUCAUUAAUUCAUUAAUAGAAAGAGCAGUAUCAACAUGCCCUUCCAACAAGGCUUGCAGCUCCUAUCGAUGUAUACAUGUUCCAGAGAUUUUUCUGUUCAGACAGUAUAGUUCUGUUCAGAUGUAUAUGUUCCAGAGGCUUCACGGAUGGCUGCCAUGCAUAUUUGCCAAUAUUUGCCUUCAGGUUCAGCCAUGACAUCCUAAUAAGGUGCACAUUCUCUCCGUAGGUCUUGGUUUGGCACACGAGGACGGAAAAGCCAGGACUGGGAAAUGAAGGCAAAUACGGAUUCACAGAUCCAAGGAUGGAGGUGUAA